UCGGGGGGCCGGAGGCGGGGCCGAGGCCUCCUCUGCGCCGGGCCUCUUCCCCGCUGCGGGGCGCGCUCUCACGUUCCCUUUCCGAACCCGUGUCCGGCGGGACGGAGCCGCGGGGCCGGGGAGCGGCGGAGCGAUGGCCGAGGCAGCGGCCGUCGCGCUCUCCGAGGCUGGCUGGUAUCUGUCGGAAGAGGGGAUCGACGCGUGCACAAACUCAUCUGACAAAAUCAACGUAAAUGAUCUCAUCCUGAUUGCACUUAAUACAGAUUUAAGAGUCAUUGGCAAGAAGUUCCUCCCAAGCGACAUCAAUGGUGGAAAAGUGGAAAAGCUAGAAGGUCCGUGUGUCCUGCAGAUCCAAAAAGUACGCAAUAUAGCUGCACCAAAGGAUAACGAAGAAUCUCAGGCUGCUCCCAGAAUGCUGCGCUUGCAGAUGACGGAUGGGCACACAAGCUGCACUGCAAUAGAAUAUAAUUACAUGUCCAAAAUAAGUCUUAAUACUCCUCCUGGAACAAAAAUUAAACUAUUGGGAGCAGUGGAAGUGAAAAAUGGCUUCCUCCUCCUGGAGGACAGCAACACCGCGAUUCUUGGAGGUGAAGUGGAACAUCUUAUAGAAAAGUGGGAAUUACAAAGGAGUUUAUCAAAACACAAUAGAAGUAACAUAGGAACAGAAGGUGGACCACCUCCCUUCGUGCCUUUUGGGCAGAGAUGUGCAUCUCAGCAGCAAGUGGACAGCCGAGAGUUGGAUCGGAGAAAAACGCUGCAAGUGGCAAGUGUGGCGAAGCCUGCUCCAGACAACGACGAGUUUGAGAAACAGCGAACAGCCGCUAUUGCAGAGGUGGCCAAAAGCAAAGAGACUAAGACUUUUGGUGGAGGUGGUGGCAGUUCUAGAAGCAAUCUCAGUGUGAGUACAGGAGGGAACCGGAACAGGGAAGUGUUCCAAAAAGAGCGGACGAAAUCAGAGGGGAAAAAUGAAGGUGUCUACCGAGAACUGGUUGAUGAAAAGGCUCUCAAACACAUAACAGAAAUGGGUUUCAGCAAGGAAGCAGCGAGGCAGGCACUUAUGGAUAAUGGCAACAACCUUGAAGCGUCAUUAAACUUUCUUCUGAACAGCAAUAAACAGAUAAACGUUCAAGGGCCACCCCUUCGAGGGAAAGGAAAAGGCAGAGGCCGGACCCGGCCAGAAGAUGAAGAGGAGAUGGGCAACACCAGGCCUUCUGCUCCAAGCACAUUGUUUGACUUUCUGGAGUCUAAAAUGGGUACUCUCACAGUAGAAGAACCGAAGUCGCAGAUACCGUCGCCGCAUCAGGGACAACACAGAGUACUGAACACCGAGCAAAAUGGCAUAAAAGGUUACAACCAUCAGAGGCACACUCCCCGAAACGAUAGACAGCCACGGAACGAGAAGCCCCCUCGUUUCCAGAGAGAAAACCAGAGUCUGAGGCAUGUUGGGGAAGGGAGUGGGCUGUUAAGAGCCAAAGCUGCCGAAAGGCAGAAUUCCUUGGGCCCUGAUCCUUGGCCUGAAGAGAGAAAUAAGUGUGAUAGACUUUAUCCUCGAAAAGAUCUCAUGUACCCUACAACUGUCCACCCCGGUGACUUCCAUUUCAAGCGGAGGGACAACCCGUUGCAAAACAGACAAGGAAAAGUUGCGUCAAUCAUGGAAAUGAAAGACAACUCUGCGGUUCACGAUGCACCUGAAAACAACAAUCAGAAACCCGGAAGUAGGGAAAGCCAAAUGCAUCAGCCCGACAAUUUCUACGAUAGGAAAACACUAAUGCUAGCGAAUGAACCAUUAACUACCUUAAAAAAUGAGCAGCACUUCGGUAUGAACAUGGAGUAUCAAAACCCUGUUAGAACUGAUCGUUUUAGUACUAUACCAAAUGGUGAUAUGGAACAUUUUCAGAAAGGGCGGAGAGUUGGACCUAUUAAAUUACCUACACCCAAUAUGGCUACAUCAUUUGAUGUAAAAAUGUAUUAUGAUACUGGACCCAAGAAGAGAUCUGGGCCCAUUAAGCCAGAAAAAAUGUUGGAACCAUGCAAUUCAGGGGAGUAUGGAAAAAGCUGGCAGCCGGGGGAUGAAUGCUUUGCCCUUUACUGGGAAGAUAACAAGUUUUAUCGGGCAGAAAUUGAAGCUCUUCAUUCCUCUGGGACAACUGCAGUUGUUAAGUUCUGUGAUUAUGGAAACUAUGAAGAGGUGUUACUAAGCAACAUCAGGCCCAUUCAAGCUGACACCUGGGAGGAAGAAGAAAUAGCUUACGAACAAACUUUAGAAUUUCGCAGAGGAGGUGAUGGGCAACCACGGAGGUCAACACGGCCCACCCAACAGUUCUAUCAGCCACCAAGGGCUAGGAACUGACAGCAGGGAAGUCAAAGGUAAAUGCUGCAGGCUAUUCAUUGUGACAAAAGUUCUCUGCAUUCUUCUUAGCGGUCAAGAUGCGGGGUUUUUUGCCUGAAGAAUGGGACUUGAUAAAGAAGGCUGGUACAAACAGGGAAUACAGAAUAUACCCACCAGAGACAUUUUUUUUAAAAGUUAGUUCGAUGAAGAUAAACUUUUUACAUACAAAAUAAAACCAUUGUUAAUAUGGCCAUCAAUAAAAGCCACUAUGCUCUACUCUG